UCCACUGUGAUUUCCCACCGUGCGUGAACGUGGCGGGGAGGUACGACGGUUACUGACAGCGACACUUUCUGUGCAUACUUCGAAAAAUGUCGAUUUCUGAGGAGAUGUAUAUGCGCUAUCACGGACUGAUUGUGCCCAAGGAGACUCACUCUUAUGAGAGUUUGGAGUUUGCUCAGGGAUUCAAGUUUGAAGACGACGAUGUCCUGGCUGUUACAUACCCGAAGUCAGGUACAAUCUGGAUGCAGGAGAUCCUCCCACUGGUGCUGAAUGGGGGGGAUCUGACCCCCAUACAUACCAUUCCUAACUGGGAGAGAGUCCCAUGGCUAGAAGAGAAACAACUGGCACGGGUGGUGGAUAAGCUGGCAUCUCCACGGGCACUGGUCUCACAUCUUCCCUACAACCUCAUGCCCCCUUCCUUCUGUGCCUCCAAAGCAAAGGUGAUCUACGUCAUGAGGAACCCAAAGGACAUCAUGGUGUCUUCGUACUACUUCCACCAGAUGGCCGGCUUCCUUGAGGAUCCAGGAACCUUUGAUGAGUUCAUGGAUACAUUUCUUGAGGGCAAAGUGCUGUUUGGAAAAUGGACAGACCACGUGAAGAGUUGGAGAAACAGUGAACUGGGAGACAGAAUAAUGUACAUUACAUAUGAAGAAAUGGUUCAGGACCUGCCUGCGGCUCUCAGGCGUAUUUCUGAUUUCCUGGGCUGUAAUCUGACUGAAGAAGUAAUUCAGAAGAUAGCAGAGCAUUGUUCCUUCAAGACCAUGAAGAACAACAACAUGUCCAACUUCAGUCUGAUCCCCAAGGUGUACUUGGACCAUGACAAAUCUCCUUUCCUAAGAAAAGGUAUUGCUGGAGACUGGAAAAGCCACUUCAGCUCAGAGCAACUGACCCGAUUCACCUCUGUGAUUUCCAAAGAGCUGGAAGGUGAGAGCUUCCCUCUACCAUGGAGCUUGGAUUGACCACCAUCUGAAAUAGUGAGACGGAGAGAUCAGGAGUGGUAAAGACAAAAUCGAGACCUAUAUCGCGAGUAAUGUUUUAUUUCUUAUAUAUUUGGAAGGAAAAUGACAAAUGGGUACACCGAUUUACUGAAACAUGCAAACACACAUGGAAAUACAGUAUAUAAGGAGAAAACAAAGUUUGUCUUCUAACAAACUUGAAAGUCAGUAAUUUGUCAAAUCAAUUUUAUUCCUCAAAGCAGCCUCAAUUGUCUUGGCAAGGUUGUCUUGUAAAUUCAGUUAAAUUAAGCCAAUCAGACGCUUUCCAGAUGGUAUUAGAUAGUGGACCACCUUUGUACCUUUCUCCGGAUCUCCUCCAUACAUAUUGUUGACAAUUUGAACUAGACAUUUUAAAUUUGGAUUCAUCACUCUAAGAGACCUGUUGCCACUGAUCUUCAGUCCAGUUCUUGUAGAAUUUGGCAUACCUCAGCCUUUUCUCUCUGUUCACCUUCCUUAAGAAUGGCAUCUUGACAGGCACCCUUCCACUGAGAUCAUUUCUGAUGAGACUUACGUGAACAGUAGAUGGAUCGACUGAAGGGUCCGAUCCAUCUUUGAGGUCCUGUGUCAGGUCUUUUCUGGAUUUAAGGACUGUUCAUCUACUGUCAUAUUUUUUUUAUGCUGGACACUUCUUCUUUUGUCUUCCACUUGUCCAGUUUCUUCAGGUUUUUUUUAGUACACAUUGCACACCAUGUCUAGAUAUGCCAAUUUUUAAAUUUACUGGAUGGGACAACUGUCUUAUUUAAUCAGCAUUUCUAGAACACAAUGCUAAAUGGCAUGAUCAGGAAGUGAGACUAUGGUUUAGGGAAGGCCUCAGAGGGGACUGGUGGCAGCUUGUGCUUUACUGAGCUGCAGGUCCUGGAAGGGUAAAGGCGCUUUCACGUGUCAGCGUUUUCCUUCAUCACCACAAAGGAAAACGUUUUGUAUUGUCUGAGUUCGGUGAAUUUUUUGUCACAGGUUUACGUUCUUAUACAGGGACCUUCAGAGUCAUUCCAAUGGCUCUGCGGACCUCAGGGGGAAAGCAGUGUUGUGGAAAUUACACACUCUUCACUAGUCGGGAUAGUUACAAAGCUUUCUUUGUUAUGAAUGAGCGAUACAUGUCUUUAUUGAACAUUUGAAGGUAAUACAACACAAACUCUUGUAGAGGAUAUAAAGUCAGAUAUACACGUUUUGAAACGACAAGGAGCAGGCGCAUCUAGUAUACAUAGAGCUGCCCCAAAAAAACAACAGAGUGCAUCGGCCAGCACAACAAAUUUUGGAUCCUUCGCUCUGAUUUAGCGGUGAGCGCAGCGCAUGCCGUUGUGAAACGGCCUUUAUGCUCCGCAGUGUGACUCACAGGUCCUAGGUCAGCCCUGACUUUGUGUUAGGUAAUACUAAAGUAAUAAUGGGAUUUCUGGUAUAUCACAGCUUAAUUCUUUCAACAGCUACCGGAAGUUAAGGGACCUAGCUUGUAGUGCUGGGUGAUAUAUCGAGUUUUUUAAAAAAUAUCGAUAUAUUUUCAUACGAGAUAUAAGAUGUGACAAUAUCGUUUAUAUCGAUAUAGUCUAUGUUACGUUAUAAUUAUACUUGUGGAGCCGCAAGUUUGUCUCUCUUUCGUCCACUUUUGUCUCUACGCUGCGUUACUCGGCCUCGCCUCUCCUUCACUGAACACAACUCCCCCUCCCCCAUAGCUUCACCUGCAGGCAACAACAAGAUGAACACGGCAAAUCUCCGUUAACGAGUUACCGCGGAUCGCCCUGUGCGUGGGGCUGGACGGCGUCAACGUGUUGGCGAGCUAACCGCGCUAACGACAUGCAGCCCCUGAUCCUUUCAUUUUCUCAAAAAUCGACAGUGCGCCUUAUGUAUGAAUUCUGGUUGUGCUUACUGACCGCGAACCGAUUUUAUGUGGUACACGGUGCUCAGCAAUCUGUCAAAAAAUGUUUUAGUACGACUUUGGUAAGCUACGGAGCUGCACCGCUUGAUGGAUUGUCGGAGCAUUACGGCUACCGUAGUCUGGAGCCUCGCGGAGUGAUACAUACUGUGCUUCAACGUAAUAUUACCGUAUUGUGUGUGUAUAAGGACCAUAAAUGGCACCUGUUAAGAGACAUGGAUACAAAGAGGAUUUCAAACUCAAGGCUGUCAGUCACGCAGUAGAACUUGGGAACAGAGCAGCUGUGAAAUCUGUCUAUGUUAUUAUGCUCAGCAUCUUUUAGUUUACAUUUUGACUGCACAAUUGUGAGCUUUUUGUUAUGCACAAAAACAACAUUGUUUUCUUUUAUUUAUGGAGCAUUAUUAUUUAAUAAAUGCUGAUAAUUUAUUUUUGAGUAAUUUCUUCAUGUACAUCUAUGCUGUAUGUUAAUAAAAGUGCCUGAGUGACAUCUGGGACACAGCUUUGACUAAACUCUCUUUUUGUUCUUACCUUAUGGCUUAAAAAAAAAAAAAUCGAGAUAUAUAUCGUAUAUCGCCAUCCAGCUAAAAAAUAUCAAGAUAUGAAUUUUGGGUCAUAUCGCCCAGCCCUACUAGCUUGUAUGAGAUAUUCAUAUGGAGAUCCUCCAGCUUCAAACUAUAUUACCCUUCCAGGACCUGCAACUCAGCAAAGCACCCCUUCGACAGCCCAACCCAUCUAUUCUCUGAUUGGAUUGUUACAUUUGUGAUUGACCUGACAUUGACCAAUCAGCUGAAAGGAAGAAAAAUUUGGUCAAAAUUUGUAAGUUGAAAGUCACACACGGCCAGGGAACUUGAGAGUUUUAUAUGUAGUUUUUUGCUUUGUAUCUGUAACCAGAUCUUAACAAAACAAAUUUGUAAUGUGUAAAUAUUUUUUUUACAAAUACAAAUCUUUUUUACAUUGACACAAAUUCUCUUCCAUAGAUGCACAAACAUAAAAUUUUCAGAUAUUUGGUUUACAGGUUACAAAACUCAGUUCACAACUAUGCUGUCUGAUUUACAAGUACAAAAUAUUUAUAACCACAAUUUGAGCCCAUAAAAUAGUGCUAGCUGAACCAAAACUCUCAGACUUGCUUGUGGUUUUAAAAAUGGUUUGUGUAUGUUUGGGGCCAAUCAUGGCCUUUCAAUUCAAGAUAAAUCUAGUAAAAUUAGUAAAAUAGAGUAAAAAUAUCCCUAAUGUCAUGUAAAACUGCCUGCCUGCCGUUUCAGUCAGUAUUUUAUGUCUGAUUACCUUACUCUUUUUUUUCUAGGGUUUUAUACUGGAAUGUAAUCUUAUAGUGUAAUGUUAUAGCUUAUGAUUACUGAGGUAUUAAUAUAUAUUGUUUUUUAGUUUGUAAUACGUAUCGCAUGUUAACCUUGAAUAUGAUUAACUUUUACCAUCUAGGACCUCCAUAUUCUGGAUCUGCAUGUAUUUGACAUUUAACUGGUACGAUUUUUAAUGUUACUGAGCAUAGCACGUUCACGGCACAGUCCACAUGUUUCUGCUAAUACAAAGUUAUGAUACUGCAAUCUUCAUUAACAUGGAUGUAAUGUUGUAUUUAAUUUGUUGUUGAGAAUUUUAACAACAAGAUCAAUAAAGUCAU